AUGUCACUGUACAAAAGCGAUAGAGGGCUCCUGCGAAUUUUUCCUGAAGGUUGCAAGAGCGGCACUGCUAGUUGGGCAGUGGAAAAGACACAGCCCGAUAGAUGUGUUCAGAAUCAAACUGCUUCCAGCAAACAACAUGCCACCCCAGAAGUGCGUUCGUGCCCACAAGCUUCAUAUCGGAUUCUUCACAGUUGGGGUUUUGAUCUUGCGUUCUUUAUCCAUGUAUUCCAUGUCAAACUUGAAUAUUCCUACAAGUACAAGAUGCUACAAGCUCUCGUAACCGAUACCCAAGUGUGGAAUGUUUGGCAGGUCAAUGCUGCUCCAUUACUGCUUCGAUGGCAGCGGGGUGAUCGGGACAUUGAUGCCACAGAGGAGUCCGGCGUGUCUGCUUUGCAUUUGGCAGCGGGCGACAAUCACGGGCCACUACUGAGCGCACUCCUGAUCCUCAAUGCAAACCGCGACGUGCGCGAUCAUUUGGGCCGCACUGCGGCCCAUUGGGCUGCUUCCCGUGCUCAGCCCUGCCUAGUGCUCUUGCAGCGUGCCGGCUUUGAUCUACGUGCCCCUGAUCUUCAUGGGCGCACACCACUGGCUAUUGCAAGAAUGAAUGGCAUGAUCCUUCAAGAUUGA